UUUUAAUUAAAAUUCACACUUUUUCCAAAAUUGAUAUAACUCUACUACUGCCGAGCAAAAGGCGAUUAGGUUCCCUCUCAUCCUUGCUGCUGCCGUUGUUGUGGCCUCUCGCCGCCGACUAGAAUUCCCGUCCUUCUCCCUCCUCUUCAUUUCUUCUUCCAUGGCAACCCUCGAUCCUUCUGUCUUCCCCGACCUCAGAUCCGAAAUUGACAGCAACCCAAGGAAGAGGCUGAAACAGAGGUUUUCUGAUCACAAAACCACGACCGAGCAUGGAUUCCAAAGGAAACUCGAAGAGUACAACCUGAAGUUCAAGAUCACUAAGUCACCUCUAUUGUGGAUGUUAGAUGGGCGUUUUGAUGAUGAUUACUUUCAAGAAUCACAUGAAUCCAGCCAAUUCAGACAGGAGUAUGAGAUGCGGAAAAUGAAGCAGGCAAGAACAAGGUCUGGACAUGAUCUCCGAAGGUUUAGAUGCUUUGAAGAACAUGGCAUCUCAUAUGAACGAGCGGAGACUAUGUUGAACAACCAAAUCAAAAGAUUCAUUUAUGCCCUGGAAGCUGCUGAAUCCGUCUUGCUAAUAGAGUUUUUGAGAUUCUGCGUUCCUGAAUGGUUUUUUGGCGUUGCCGUCCCAAAAUAGAGUGCAAGUGUCCAUGGACCUUGUCAAUCGUAUAUAGCUGCAAGUUUUCACUAUCCCUUAUGGAGGUCUUUAUUGGUGAGAGAGUUUUUCUGUGGAAUGGUCGUGUAUAUUUUGCUAAUGACCCUGGAUCGUUUUUUGUUUGUAUGUAGUUUGGUCGUGGACUUUGAUAUUUUAACCCUCUCUUAACUUUGUAAAGCAGAUGACCAAAAAUCCAAUGCAAAUUACACUCGUCAAGAUUUAAGUUACAAGAAUUCAAGAACAACUUGCAAAUGUUUUGGAAUCAAGCUUUACUUAUAUACUCUCGACUAUCGACC